AUGGUGAGGAGCGGGAGCAUGCGGCGGUCCUCGGCGCCCACGCCCACCCGGGCGGCGGCGCCGGCGUUCACCGUGUCUCCCGCCGACUACCGCCUGCUGGAGGAAGUGGGCUACGGUGCCAACGCCGUCGUCUACCGCGCGGAGUUCAUUCCUACCGGCCGGACGGUCGCUGUGAAGUGCCUGGAUCUCGAUCGGGUCAAUAGUAACCUCGAUGAUGUAAGAAAGGAGACUCAAACUAUGAGCUUGAUAGAUCACCCAAAUGUCAUCAGGUCUUACUGCUCAUUUGUUGUGGGUCAUAAUCUUUGGGUGGUAAUGCCAUUCAUGUCAGAGGGUUCAUGUUUGCACCUAAUGAAGGUUGCAUAUCCCGAUGGUUUUGAGGAGCCAAUUAUUGCCUCUAUUUUAAAGGAAACACUCAAAGCUCUAGACUAUCUCCAUAGGCAAGGACAUAUUCAUCGUGAUGUGAAGGCAGGUAAUAUCCUUAUUGAUAAUCCCGGUGUAGUCAAGCUUGGGGACUUUGGUGUCUCUGCUUGCAUGUUUGAUAGGGGUGAUAGGCAAAGGGCUAGGAAUACAUUUGUUGGAACACCAUGCUGGAUGGCUCCAGAAGUUCUCCAGCCUGGAACUGGAUAUAAUUUCAAAGCUGAUAUAUGGUCAUUUGGAAUAACUGCACUGGAGCUGGCACAUGGACAUGCUCCCUUUUCGAAGUACCCUCCUAUGAAGGUUCUUCUCAUGACGCUCCAAAAUGCUCCUCCAGGUCUUGACUAUGACCGUGAUAAAAGAUUCUCAAAGUCCUUCAAGGAAAUGGUUGCGAUGUGCUUGGUGAAAGAUCAAACAAAGAGGCCAACAGCCGAAAAAUUACUUAAGCAUUCUUUUUUCAAGAAUGCAAAACCUCCGGAGCUAACUGUUAAGAGCAUUUUAACUGAUUUGCCCCCUCUUUGGGACCGUGUAAAGGCACUCCAGUUAAAGGAUGCUGCACAGUUAGCUUUGAAGAGAAUGCCUUCUUCAGAACAAGAAGCACUUUCUAUGAGUGAGUACCAACGAGGUGUCAGUGCAUGGAACUUCGAUAUUGAGGAUCUAAAGGCUCAGGCAUCACUGAUUUGUGAUGAUGAUCCACCUGAAAUAAAAGAAGACGAUGACACUGGUAGAAUAACUGACAUUGAUAAGGAUACAUCUUCUGACGGUUAUUUUGGAAAGCCAACACCAUCGAAUGGAAAUAACUGCAGUGAGCGUUCUUCUGCGGCAGCAAAUCCAUGUCAAAAUAGCCCCGAAACAAGCGAAGUAUUGUCUUCCAACAAUGGGAGUGCCUAUAGUGAAAGGAAGGCUGAUGGACCUAAAAACCCAGGAUCAGAAAAUGAUUCAUUGCCCUCUACAUCGAAGCAUGAUCCUGAUGGGAAAGAUUGUAGAAAUGAAGUCGGACAAAAACAAAGGACAUACUCGGGUCCAGUUCUGCAAUCUGGUUCGCAUAAUAGUUCGAUGACUGAAAGGGGCCACAUUAUUGAAAGGGAUGCAGGAGUUCAAUCUGUAUCUGAUAAACAAAAGAAUGGUACAAGAAGAGCCAAUAAUCUUAGUGGUCCUCUGUCACUUCCAACUCGCGCUUCUGCAAAUAGUCUUUCUCUUUCAAGAACCAAUAAUCUUAGUGGUCCUCUGUCACUUUCAACUCGCGCUUCUGCAAAUAGUCUUUCUGCUCCUAUUCGAUCGUCUGCAGGCUAUGUAGGCUCUUUGGGUGAUAAGCCUAAGCGCACUAUGGUGGAAAUUAAAGGCCGCUUCUCAGUGACAUCUGAGAAUGUGGAUCUUGCAAAGGUUCAAGAAAUUCCAGGGAGCAGUACCCCACGUAAAUUGCAAGAGGGGCCUUCACUGAGAAAAUCAGCCAGUGUUGGUGAUUGGUCAGUGGAUGAUAAGACAACGUCUACUAAUCAUCAACGGAAGGAACUCUGCAAUAGCUCUGUAUCUACAUCAAUUCUGAUUCCCCAUCUUCAAAACCUUGUGAAGCAGACUGCAUUCCAGCAAGAUCUGAUUACGAACCUACUAAGUAGCUUGCAGCAAAAUGAGAGAGUCGAUGCAGCUCAGUCAAGAGUUCAGAGCACAGGGAGUGAUACAGUGGUUGAAGCUGCUACUGCUGAGAGAGAACACUCGUUACUUGUUAAAAUUUUUGAGUUACAAUCUAGGUAG